AUGAUGAUGGCGCGAGCAGAAGAUGAUAAUAAUAAGGGGACGGUGGUGAUCGACUUAGGGAGCUUCGAUCUCGAUACGGCGGCCGCCGAGUACUACGGACAAGAAGAAAGCAAGAUCGGCAUGACGACCGGUGAUCGACAACAAGACGAUCACAGCUGCUCCCAGUUGUCUUUGUCGGCCAGGGAGAUGGAAGCCCUCACGGCUCUCUGCGACACCUUCUUGCCCUCCAUCCAGACCACGACGGCGACCGAUCCCUCCGCCGUCGCCGCGUUCUACCAAACGUCGGCUUCCGUGGCGGGGACUCCUCAACGGGUAGGAAGGAUCAUAAGCGAGAGACUGGAGCACCCAAAGGUUUGGCUCAUAAGGCUUGCACUUUGGCUGCUCUCCACAUGGAUUGGGACCUUCAUCUUCUGCGGGAGGGAGAGCAUUUGUGGUCGUUUCCCAUUCUUCCUCAGUUUCUCUCAAAUCCCUCUGAAGAAGAGGGAACGAAUCCUCGUCUCCUGGUCGCAGAGCUACUUCUUCCUGCUCAGGAUGCUCUUCAAGUCCUUGAAACUCAUCAUCCCACUUGUCUUCUUCUCCCAGGUUGAUGAGAAGAAUGAGAACCUGACAUGGAAAGCAAUUGGGUAUCCUGGACCAGACCCCGCAGCUGCUGAUGCUGAUAAUUCCGCCACCAAAGAAGACAUUUAUGGACCACUCUGCAGAGGUCUCAUUAACAUGAACCUUCCAAAGAACAUAGCUGUAGACUGCCUACAUAGAUCAGGAUUUCCAGCCAACAUCGGUCGCGCCACAGGAACAAUCAACAUCAAAUGUGAUGCUGUAGUAGUUGGCUCUGGCUCUGGAGGUGGUGUAAUCUCCGGGGUACUAGCCAAAGCCGGGUACAAAGUGCUUGUCCUGGAGAAAGGAGGCUACUUGGCCAGAAGUAACCUUUCACUUCUGGAAGGCCCUUCCAUGGACCAAAUGUACCUCUCGGGAGGUCUCAUGGCCACCGACGACAUGAGCUUUGUGGUCCUCGCUGGCUCCACAGUGGGAGGUGGAUCCACAAUCAACUGGUCUGCCUCGCUUGAAACCCCACAGAAUGUGACCAAAGAGUGGAGCGACGAACAUCAACUGGAGCUCUUUGAGAGCAAGAUGUACAGGGAAGCAAUGCAGGUUGUUUGCGAGAGGAUGGGAGUUCAGUCCCAGAUACACGGUGGGGAAGGACUCAAUAAUUCCGUGCUGAGAAAAGGGUGCGAGAAAUUGGGGUAUCCAGUGAACGACAUUCCAAGGAAUUCCGACCCAAAUCACUACUGCGGCUGGUGCAACUUUGGGUGUAAGAAUGGGUUGAAGAAAGGCACUUCUGAGACAUGGCUGGUGGACUUAGUGGAUUCAGGUAAUGGCGUGAUUCUCCCGGGCUGCAAUGCAAUCCAAGUUCUGCACGAGGGGAAGAAAGGGAAAUCAUCAACAAAUCGAGAAUCAGCAACUGGGGUUGUGUUCGAAUUCGAAUCAUUCAGUGGAGGAUCGAGGACGAAAGUUACCUGCAAGGUCGAAUCCAAAGUCACAAUAGUCGCUUGCGGAGCUCUCAGCACUCCGCCAUUGCUGCGGAGAAGCGGCCUGAAGAAUCCCCACAUCGGGAAGAAUCUCCACCUCCACCCGGUCACAAUGGCGUGGGGAUACUUCCCGGAAGACGAAGAAUCGAAGCAGAAGAGCUACGAGGGAGGGAUAAUGACGGCGAUGUCGAGGGUAAUUGCCGACGAAUCGACAAAUGGGUCCUAUGGGGCAGUUAUUCAAACACCUUCUCUGCAUCCCGGAAUGUUCUCGGGUUUAAUGCCGUGGGUCUCCGGAUCCGACAUGAAACGGAGGAUGGUUAGGUUUUCGCGAACGGCCCACAUAUUCACACUGGCCAGGGAUAAGGGGUCCGGUACCGUCGGCGAUUCUCACAGUAGAAUCAGCUACAGGGUGGAAGAUUCCGACGAGAGGAAUCUGCAGAAGGGUGUGGAGAAGAUGCUUAGGAUUCUGGCAGCGGCCGGAGCAGAAGAGAUUGGAACUCAUAAUCUGGGCGGGAAGAGCAUAAACGUGAAGGAAGCCAGUUGCGACGAGUUCGAGAGUUUUGUGAAGGAGGAGAGCCGGCUUCCGAUGAGAGGACUGGCGACGCAGCUGUGCUCGGCGCAUCAGAUGGGGAGCUGCCGGAUGGGGGCGGAUCCGGCGGUGUCGGCGGUGAAGGAGACUGGGGAAACGUGGGAGGUGGAAGGGCUUUACGUGGCGGAUUCGAGCGUAUUCCCGACGGCGCUUGGGGUGAAUCCCAUGGUGACGGUCCAGGCGAUCGCUUAUUGCACGGCGCAGUCGGUUCUUGAUCGUCUCAAGCGGAAGAAAUUUUCUUGA